AUGCGUCCGGCCUUCGAUGCCGACGUCCUCGGAAGCGACGCAGAGCAGAUAAAGUACUGUGAUUAUGACUGUCAGUGGUGGUGUAUGCGGCUGGCGAAAGUGAGAGAUACCCAUUUCGCAGAAAGUGAUGCCUCCGAGAUUGUUUGUCCAAACCUCCGAGACGGCAGAGAGAGAGAGAGAGAGAGAGAGGGAAACCUCCGAGAUCUGCUUCGGCACUGUGCCGACGAGGAUGCAUCCUUGAGGAAACCUGCGCACCAUAUUGUUCGUAACGAUGGUCAAGGUGGCCUCCCGUUUGUGGAGCAGAUGAUUGCAGAUGCCACGUUGACGCGGAUGGGACACGUGCUGUCAGAGCCCACCGGAAUCAGCCAAGCGAUUUUUUUGCGGUAA